AUGCCCCUACCUAAUAACGUACUCGCAACAAUGGAUCCCAACCUCGACGUUGUCAAGCGGAGUUUUCGCACAGAUGUGCUGAAGAGGAAGGUCGUCAACACCUCUGCCAAAGAGCCUUGCUCGUGUGGUCUAUAUCAAUACUACAGCCAUAAAUGUGGUUGUAUUUAUAAGAGUGUACACUUCAAGUGUGGCAAGACUACCUCGGAGAAGACAGGCGACCGAAUUCUCUGCCCGUCCGGCCGAGGCCGAAAGAUCAGGGUCAACAGUGCCAUAGUCCCCUUCAACUGCGCGCAGUGCCGCAGAAACGGCAAUCGAUCAACGUACUAA